AUGGUCAUCAACAGCAACACGGUCAAUCUGUCCGACAAUGACACGGAGAAGGCCACAGAGUUGCAGCAGAACUAUGUCGGCACUCUGCGGGACCUACCACCUGACCCCGAUGCUCACCUGCCCGAGUCGGAGCGAGCCCUCAUCGACAGGAAACUUGUUUGGAAGCUUGACCUGGUCAUGAUUCCGUGGCUGAGUCUGCUGUACCUGUUGGCAUUCCUUGAUCGCACAAAUAUUGGAAAUGCCAAGAUCGCUGGCCUGAGCGAAGACCUGCACAUGAAUACUCAGCAGUACAACGACACUUUGACAAUCUUCUUUAUCUCUUACGCAUUGUUCGAGCCGCUUACCAACAUCCUUCUGAAGCGUCUGCGGCCAUCCAUCUUCAUCCCCAUCAUCAUGGUUCUGUGGGGCGCGUGCAUGGUUGGUAUGGGGUUUGUCCACAACUGGUCUGGGCUCAUGGCUGCCCGGUGGUUUCUGGGUCUCGCAGAGGCGGGUUUAUUCCCCGGUAUCAACUACUACCUUUCCUGCUGGUACAAGAGGUCUGAGUUCGGUGUACGAGCUGCCAUCUUCUUCUCGGCUGCCGCGCUCUCAGGGUCCUUCGGCGGUCUCCUCGCUGCUGCCAUUGAGAACAUGGCGGGCGUGGGAGGCAAGCCUGGCUGGGCAUGGAUCUUCAUUCUCGAAGGCCUGGCAACAGUUAUCAUCGGCGUGGUCUCAUUCUGGCUGGUCCACGACUUCCCUGACGAGGCCAGGUUCCUUUCCGACGAAGAUCGAGUCCGGGUCGUUCGCCGUCUGAAGCUCGAUCAGCAAUCAUCAGCUGAGCAUGAGGACUUCUCGAUGCAAUACUUCUGGCAGGCCUUGAAGGAUUGGAAGAUGUGGCUCGGCAUGGCGAUAUAUAUGGGCUGCGACAUGCCGCUCUACGCAUUCAGUUUAUUCUUGCCCACGAUUAUUAAGAAUGCGGGAGUGGCAGCUCCAAACGAUGUUGUCAAGCAACAGCUGUACAGCGUUGCGCCCUAUGCCACCGCCGCUGUCUUGACCGUCAUCAUUGGCUUUGUUGCUGAUCGCACAAAGGCCCGUGGACUUUGCAACAUCUGCGUCUCGGUCGUGGGCAUCGCCGGUUUCUCUAUUCUCAUCGGGUCUAAAGAUGCCUGGGUGCAAUACGCGGGAACAUUCCUUGGGGCAGCGGGCAUCUAUCCCUGCAUCGCCAAUACCAUCACUUGGAUGGCGAACAACACAGAAGGCGUCUACAAGCGCGGUGUGGUUCUCGGCUUCGUCAUCGGCUGGGGAAACCUCAACGGCGUGGUGUCUUCCAAUAUCUACUUCAGUAGCCCCCGAUAUUUCCAGGGUCAUGGCGUUGUCCUUGCCUACAUGAUCCUGUUUCUGUUUGGAGGCUCCGUCCUGAUGACCUUGGGUCUUCGGAGAGAGAACAAGAAGCGCCGCAACGGAGAUCGCGAUGGAUGGGCCGCCAAUAAGACGGAACAUGAACUGGAGAAGAUGGGCGACACUCGACCUGACUUUUUCUACACGAUAUAA